UUAAAUAUGUUGAUUUUGAUUUUUUUGGUACUUGUACAAUGGCCUUAAUAUUGAAGACAUUUGAAAGAUGACGUCCAGGAUUCUGUUUAUUGCUAAAUGCUAAUUAUUUUUUUUAUACAUUCUUGAUUAUUCUGAUACAUGCACAUAACUAGAUAUGUAGUAUUUGAUUUUUUUUUUUUUAAUCCACUUAUGAUUCAUAGGCUAUGAGUUGUUUGAGUAAUAUUUGAGUAGAUGAAAUAUUUAAGGAAAGAAAAUUAUUAUAUUCCCAGUUGUCAUAGUAAACAACGUAAGCUUGUAGGUUGUCAAAAGUGAUUAAAAUAGUGAUAAAAAAAGCCUAUUUUUUAGGUUUUUUAAAGUGAAAAUGAUUGCAUCUAAUGUUGGAUCGACAAAUACUGAUGAUGUACAUAUAAGAAUUCCAAAAGAAACUACUUCCUCGGUAAAUGGACGAUCGUUAUUACGUCGUUUUAGAGAUUUUAUUACAUUCAACAAGUCACAAAAUCCUGAGGGUGAAGGCUACGUAGAAUUUAGUUCAUUAAGAACUGAAAAUGGAAGAACACUUGGUACAUUUGCUGGUGUAUUUAGUCCAGUAACAUUGUCUAUGUUCAGCUCACUUGUGUUUAUACGAAUGGGUUACAUUGUUGGAAAUGCUGGUCUACUUGUUACACUGAUACAAUUUGUAAUUGCCUAUGGAAUUCUAAUAUUUACAGUAGCUUCUGUUUGUGCAAUUUCAACAAAUGGUGCUGUUGAAGGUGGUGGUGCUUAUUUUAUGAUUUCUCGAACACUUGGUCCAGAAUUUGGUGGCUCAAUUGGUACUUUAUUUUUUAUGGCAAAUAUUGUAUCAAGUGCUCUGUGUAUUUCUGGUUGUGCUGAAGGUAUUGUUGAUAAUUUUGGACCUGGUGGUUAUCUUGCUGGAGCAGCAGGAUUCAUUCAUAAUACCAGAUGGUGGAAGUAUCUUUAUCGUUCAAUUCUCAAUCUUAUGAAUCUUAUGAUUUGUCUAAUUGGUGCUACAAUGUUUGCCAAAACAAGUGUUGUAAUUUUAGCAACUGUUCUUAUUUGUCUUAAUAAUUAUACUGGUCUUUAUACUGGAUUAUCAUUGGAAACACUUCGGUCAUCUGGUGCAAAAUUUAUGGCUGGUGCUAAUAUGUCAGGAGAAUUAAAAAAUCCAGGUGUCAAUAUACCAAGAGGUACACUAUCAGCUGUAUUUUUUACAUUUAUUUGCUAUACUUUUUUAGCUGUUUUAACAGCAGCAACAACCAGUCAAUUUUUAUUACAAAAUAAUUUUUUAUACAUGAUACCAAUUAAUGUAUGGUCACCAUUUGUUAUUGUUGGAAUUUUAACUGCAACAUUUAGUGCAAGUUUGAGCAAUUUAAUUGGAUCAAGUCGUGUAAUUGAGGCAUUGGCAAAAGACAAUAUAUUUGGAUCAAUUUUAAAUUUUGUUGUUAAUGGAACUUGGCGAGGUAAUCCAAUUGCAGCUGUAUUUACAUCAUGGACUCUUGUACAACUUAUACUUUUGAUAGAAUCACUCAACUCAAUAGCACAAAUUAAUUCAGUAUUAUUUUUGUUGAGUUAUUUGGCGACAAAUUUAUCAUGUUUAGGACUUGAGCUUGCAUCAGCACCAAAUUUUAGGCCAACUUUUAAUUAUUUUAGUUGGCAUACAGCAACAAUUGGUCUUGUUGGAACUGUCAUAAUGAUGUUUACGAUAAAUAGUAUUUAUGCAUCAUUGAGUAUUAUUGUUUGCUUGUUGUUAAUUAUGAUUUUACAUUUUGUAUCACCAAGUAAAAAUGCAGCUUGGGGAAGUAUAUCACAGGCACUUCUUUUUCAUCAAGUUCGAAAGUAUCUGUUGAUGUUAGAUUCAAGAAAAGAUCAUGUAAAACACUGGCGACUGUCAAUACUUCAUUUGAUAAAUUCACCACGUGGAGUUUGUCCAUUAAUUGAUUUUGUCAAUGAUUUAAAAAAAGGAGGAUUAUAUGUUAUUGGACAUGUUAAAGUUGGUGAUUUUACAGAAGAGUCAGUUGAUCCAACUAUUGAAGAAUAUCCACAGUGGUUAAAUUUCAUUGAUCAUAUGAAGAUUAAGGCUUUUAUCGAGAUGACUGUUACAAAAACAGUGAGAGAAGGUCUUGCUCAUUUGAUUAGAAUAUCUGGUAUUGGAGCAAUGAAACCAAAUACAAUUGUUCUUGGUUUUUACGACAAUGAGGCACCAGUAGAUUUUUUUAAAGAUUCAAAAUACUCAACAACAAUAUUUAAUAGUCAUGGUCUUGAUGGAAGUACUACAAUUUUUCCAUUACGCUCAGUUAGAACAGAAAAAAUUAUUGAUGCUGCUGAAUAUGUGGGAAUGUGUUCUGAUGUUUUAAAAAUGAAAAAAAAUUUAUGUCUAUGUAGAAAUUUUCAUCUUUUAGAUAAAUCACAAAUUAAAAAUUCAAAUUUUGAAUUUAUUGAUGUUUGGCCAGUGAAUUUUUUUAAACCAAGUAAUCAAGAUGCAUUUGAUACAACAUCAUUAUUUAUGUUACAACUUGCGUGUAUAAUAAAUAUGGUACCAGAUUGGAAAGAUUUAAAAUUACGAGUUUUUUAUGUUGAAAUUGAAGAAAAUGUUUCUAAUUUGAGUAUUUCUGAUCAUGAACAAACUUCUUGUGAAUUUCCAAAAGCAUCAACUGAAUCAAGAAUUCAAAAAUUACUAAAAAUGCUUAGAAUUUCAGCACAUAUACAAAAAAUAUCAAAUUGGGAAUCACGUAAAAAUUCUCGUCAAGGAAAUUCAUCAAUUGAAGAUUCUGGAGUUAAUUUAUUUAAAAAUUCUGGUGAUAGGCAAUAUAUGCAAAAUGUUAAUCAAGUUAUUAGAGAAAAAUCAGACAAAACUGCUGCUGUUUUUUGCUAUCUUCCAGCACCACCAAUUGUCAAUUCUUGGGAUGAAGAUUCGGAAAAUCUUCGUCAUGAAUACCUUGAGUUACUUACUGAUAUGACAGUUGAUUUACCUCCAACUGUGCUAGUUCAUGGUGUUUCAGCAGUCACAUCAACCAGUAUAUAAAACUUAUCAUACUACGGGUUUUUUGUAUUCGAAAAAUAAUUGAAAAGUAUAAAUCUAAUAAUUGAGUAUUAAUCAAGAAUAUUAUUCCAUUCAAAAUUGAUCUUAAAAAAAAGAUUAAAAGUGAUAUUUUUUUUUUUAACAGUGAU